AUGAGCGAGAUGGUCGCGACGGCGAAACCGGUGUACAAGCACCGAUAUAUACAGAAAUCGAAUCCGCGUAGUUCGGUGAUUGAUCACCACGAGUUGACGGAAAAGCUGAAUCGUUUGACGAGUAGCAGCUCGCUGGGUAGUAGUCUACCGUCGUUGAGCUCAUUGCGUUCAUCAUCGUCGAGCGGAACGAUGCCGUCGGCGAAAAUUGGCGACGGUAGCACGUCGAGUCUGCCGCCGCCCGGCAAAUCGGCGGCGGCGGCUGCGCAAACGCAGACCAACAGUAGUUCGUCGUUUCAUAGUGAGUCGAUCUUGCAGAAGACGCCGGAAGAGCUGGUUCAUGAUCGCGCGCGAUACGCGGCGGCGCGAGCGCGUCUCGACGAGCUCCGCGAGCUGUUGGCGGUCAAAAUGAAAGAGUUGCGCGAGAUUUGCAUCGCCGAGGGCGAGAUCACCGGCAUUCUGCCCGAAGAGAUCUAUUUGGCGUUGGAGGCCGGCGAGGAGUUGCCGAAAUUGAAGCGACGCGUCGGCACCGCCUACACGAUACCGAACGAUUUGAUCAAAGCGGACAAGGUGAGUCCGACAGGUUUUUUUUUGGAAACAAAUAUAUUUCGAGUCAAACACUCAACGCCGAAUGGAGCGGUGUUGAGCGCGCGAUGUUGUUCGCUGAUGGGUCCGAGACGUAUUUUCCCAUAA